AUGAGCAAGGAAAAGGUGUUGCUAGCGUACUCGGGCGGUUUGGACACGAGCUGCAUCCUGAAAUGGUUGCUGGAGCAGCAGUACGAGGUGAUCUGCUUCAUGGCCGAUGUCGGCCAAACGGAGGACUUUGCGGCGGCCCGCGAAAAAGCGCUCCGAAUCGGUGCCAGCGAUGUGGUGGUGAAGGACAUGAAGGACUUUUUCGUCGAAAAGUUUGUUUGGCCGGCGGUCCAGAUGGGGCUGAUCUACGAGGAUCGGUACCUGCUGGGGACGUCGCUCGCACGGCCCUGCAUCUCCAAGGGCCUGAUAGACGUGGCGGUGCAGCGUGGAUGUAGCUUCAUUUCGCACGGCGCAACCGGCAAGGGUAACGAUCAGAUCCGGUUCGAGCUGAGCUGCUACGCGCUGAACCCGUCGAUACGUGUCAUUGCGCCGUGGCGCAUGGAUACGUUCUGCCAGCGAUUCCAGGGCCGCUCGGAUCUGCUGGAGUAUGCGAAGCGCUCGAACAUCCCUGUGUCCGCCACCCCCAAGGCACCGUGGUCGAUGGAUGCGAACAUUAUGCACAUCAGCUACGAGUCGGGCAUACUGGAGGAUCCGUCCGUGGCGGCACCGGAGGAGAUCUAUCAGCUAACGCAGUCGCCAACGCGCGCUCCGGACACGCCGUCGGUGGCGGAGAUCGUGUUCAAGGCCGGAUUGCCGGUGCGCGUUACGGAGCUGGUCAGCGGGAGGACGAUGGAGAAGCCGCUCGACAUAUUGGCGUUCCUGAAUAAGGCCGGCGGUGAGCACGGUGUUGGGCGGAUCGAUAUUGUCGAGAAUCGGUAUAUCGGGCUGAAGUCGCGCGGCGUGUACGAGACGCCCGGGGUUACGAUCCUUCACUGCGCCCACCGAGACCUGGAGAUCUACUGUCUCGAUCGGGAGGUGCUACGUGUGAAAAAGUAUCUUGCCGAUCGGAUGGCGGACUAUGUCUACAACGGAUACUGGUACGCACCGGAGGCUGAGUACGUGCGCAAGUGCAUCCUCGAAUCGCAGAAGAACGUGUCCGGAAAGGUGGUGGUGGAAAUGUACAAGGGAAAUGUCAUGGUUACCUCACGCGAGUCGAUCAACUCAGUGUACAACCAGGAACUUGCCUCGAUGGAAGUUCACGGUAACUUCACACCCUAUUCGGCAACCGGAUUUAUCGAGAUAAACGCAGUGCGACUAAGGGAACAUCAUCGGGUGUUCGGAACCGCCAACAUGACGAAACACUUUUCGCGCACUGAUUCCGACAUGAAAAUGUUUUAA